AUGUCGUCAAUGGGGCUGACCCCGCUGCCACCGCCGCGGGUCCCCACCCAGCCCAAGGUCACGUUUAAAGGGGCCCGAACUUGGCGAGAAUCUGUGGCAAUGUUCAUGCUCGUCGGGCUGUCGUUGGCCGUUUUUGUAUCGGCAAUUUGCACAGCGUACUACGUCUACCGAAACCGCGAGACGUACGAGGAGCUCGUCGACUACAUGGACAAGACGAUCUCGAUCUCCAAGAUCAACUUCAACGCGCGAAUCGGCGAGUACAAGAUCCACCAGAAGGAGCACGAUGUCUUGGGGGAUCAGGAGACGUACAAAACCGCCACCCUGCUGAUGUUGUUCUCCGAGUGCGGUUGCUACGUGUUCAUUGCCGUCGCCGUGUUGCUGUACAUGUGGACCGACGUCUCGCAGGGAACGAAGAAAAUUCUCUACUGGUUCAUGGUGGCGGUGACGAUCGUCUACGCCGUCAUCCAGAUCCACGUAUUCGCCUUUUUCCUCUACCCCUACUCCUCGGCGCUGCCGAACCAGACGGAGACGCUCCUCAACCACGCCAUCCCCUACAACCCGGGCGGCCUUCAACAAAUGGAGCAACGGUUCGGCUGCACGUUUGACUUGGACUUGUACGAGGCGUACAAACGACGGAAUAAUCCGAAGAACACCUGCGAUCCGGAGAUCGAGUCCUCCUUCUACCCGCCGUGGUUGCUGAUCACAAUGGGCGCGUUAAGGCUAGUCCCGAUCGUCAUCUUCGUGCUCCUAGUCGUGAAGCGGACGCCGUUGUCCGAAUGGGUGGCGCAACUUAUGGAAUCCUAUCGCCCGGGGGCGAGUAGCGCCAAGAAACGACUGUACGUGAAAAAGCAAGAUUACAGAAACACCGGCACCUACCAAACCGGCGAUUACGGUGCCAAGACGACGACCUUCGGGGCGACCAACUCGGCGCACGAGGCAGACCGGCCUCCGGUGCCCUCGCCCGGUCCCCUUGACCACAGUAUAAGCUACAACAACGCCGCCUACUUUGCCACCUCGGGCGCGUACGGCUCGCCGUCGACGCGCAGCAGCGAAAUCUCACGCAUUGACGCCAUCGAUCUCACAAGAGCCGCCCACCACAACAGCGGCACCAUAAUGUCGGACGUU